CCUUUCCGCCUACGUAUGAGGAAAUAUAAACAGUCAGUCAAAGAAGGACUUUCUGAGAGUUUCGCAUUUAGAUAGCGAACAAAAUUCUCGAUCUUUUAUGUUGCCAUGGAGAGCUGGAGCCUUGUAUCUGCAUGUGUUUUGAUUAGUCUUACGGCGAGGUGGUGCGUUUCAUUGAACUCGUAUUCAGGAGCAGGUAAACCACCAAUGUUCGGCGAUUAUGAAGCUCAGAGACACUGGCAAGAAGUGACACACAAUCUCCCUGUUCAUGAAUGGUACUUCAACACCACAGACAAUGACUUGAAUUACUGGGGCCUUGAUUAUCCACCUCUCACAGCUUACCACAGCCUGCUCUGCGCUCAUGUCGCCAAACUGAUACACCCUGACUGGGUGGCGUUGCACACAUCUAGAGGUUAUGAAAGCCCAGCACAUAAGCUGUUCAUGAGAGCCACGGUCCUUGUGGCAGAUUUGCUGAUAUACAUUCCUGCAGUUAUCGUAUACUGUAUGUACUUAAGUGACGGAGCCCCAAAGAGAAAGGUCUGUACUGCUCUCUGCUUUCUGCUUUAUCCUGGCCUGAUCCUCAUCGACCACGGACACUUCCAAUAUAACGGCGUGAGCCUGGGACUGACCCUGUGGGGGGUGGUGGGCCUGGGCCUGGGCUGGGACGUGCUGGGCGCGCUGGCCUUCAGUCUGGCUCUCAGCUACAAGCAGAUGGAGCUGUACCACUCACUGCCAUUCUUCUGUUACCUGCUGGGGAAGUGUACCAAACGGGGCCUAACAGGACAGGGGUUGCUCCUGCUGGUGAAGAUUGCGGUGACAGUGUUGGUGACCUUUGCCCUCUGCUGGCUUCCCUUCCUGUCUGAGCCCGGUCAGGCUCUGCAAGUCCUUCACCGGAUCUUCCCCGUGGGGCGCGGCCUGUUUGAGGAUAAAGUGGCCAACACGUGGUGCAGCUUGAACGUAGUGAUAAAGAUCAGAACCCUCCUGUCCACAGACUCUCAGCUCUAUCUCAGUUUUGGAAUGACCCUUUUGGCUGUCUUGCCCUCGUCGAUAAGAUUGCUGACCAAGCCAACGCUGUGGCAGUUUAAGCUGGCAUUGGUCAACUCCUCUCUGGCCUUCUUUCUGUUCUCCUUCCAAGUUCAUGAGAAGUCCAUCCUUCUGCCUGCCUUAGCCGUCUGCCUGCUCCUCCACGAUCUCCCCCUGACCGCCAUCUGGUUCCUGCUAACCUCCACCUUCAGCAUGCUGCCUCUGUUCCUGAAGGACGGCCUCCUGCUCCCGUACUCCGUCACCACGCUGGCCUUCCUCCACCUCAGCACCCACCUGCUCUCCGCCCUGCAGCGUUGCUCCGUGGAAGAGAUGCGGCUGGAGCCGUACCGCCGCCUCGCCUCGCUCUGCCUACCCUGCCUCCACCUGGCCACGCUGGUCCGCUGGAAGUUCUAUGUGUGUGUGGUGCUCAUGGCUGCUCUGAGUGUGUCCAGCGUGGUGCUGGAGCCCCCGACAGGGCUCCCUGACCUGUUCCCUGUCCUGGUGUCCUCCUUCUCCUACCUCACCUUCCUGGGCUGCCUGAUCUACUUCAACCUGGUCCAGCUCACAGACUCGCCCAGCAGGAGAGCCCAGAAGAAGAGCAACUAAGCCGUGUUCCAGGAACCAGACACGCCUCCUUCUUGGUCACCUGACAUCGUGUCUCUCUGUGAGUUCUCAGUGAUGCAAUAUUUUGUAAUUUUUUCAUUAAAAAUGAUUUUGUACAAA